AUGUACAAUCGGUCUUUUCGCCGCGGUGCAUUUUGGGUCUUUCCUUUCCAUCCCAGACUCGCUUCUGCAAUCAUGGGAAAGUGUCGUGGUCUGCGCACAGCCAGAAAGCUCCGCAAUCACCGGCGUGAGCAGAAAUGGCAUGACAAGCAUUACAAGAAAGCCCACCUGGGCACCGCCCUGAAGGCCAACCCCUUCGGAGGCGCCUCACACGCCAAAGGCAUCGUGCUGGAGAAAGUCGGCGUGGAAGCUAAGCAGCCCAACUCUGCCAUCCGCAAGUGCGUGAGAGUGCAGCUGAUCAAGAACGGCAAGAAGAUCACCGCUUUCGUCCCCAACGACGGCUGUCUCAACUUCAUCGAGGAGAAUGACGAGGUCCUGGUGGCCGGUUUCGGUCGUAAGGGACACGCCGUGGGCGACAUCCCCGGAGUUCGCUUCAAGGUGGUCAAAGUAGCCAACGUCUCGCUGCUGGCACUCUACAAAGGCAAAAAGGAGAGACCCAGGUCCUAA